ACAUUUAUUUACAACACGUGGUGAAAUAAGUGUUUAAAUGUUUCGCAAAGUUGCGGACUUGUUGCCUCAGUUGACAAUUUUUUAAUCAACAACAAGUAUUUCUUUAUCAUACGAUCAUAACCUUAUCUCGUACAGAAAAAAAAAAUAUGUUCCAUAUUUCAUAUCAAGUUUGGUUAGAGUGUUGUAAACACAGUAAAUAUGUGGUGUAGAUUAAUAAUUAUAAUACCGCUAUGCAUUUCGUGCACCACAGUGGACAGUGCUCGAAUUUUGGGUGUAUUUCCAAUGGCUGCUCAAAGUCAUUAUAUUUUGGGUAACGCUCUGAUGAAAGGCCUGGCGGAAGCGGGACAUAAUGUGACCAUGAUUAGUCCUCAUGAGGAAAAGGACCCCCCUAAAAAUGGUAGUUAUACGGACGUGGUGUUAACUGGAUUCGUAGAAGAUUUCAACAAAAUUCUGAAGGAAAUGAACUUAUUGGACAACAAAAACCAAUCAAUGAUUAAAACCAUGCUUAAUUUUUUCAACUUGACAAUAAAACUAAAUGAAGAUUUCUUGAAAAAUGAAAAUGUGGAGAAGUUUUUGGAAUCUGAUCAAAAAUUUGAUGUGAUCAUAGUGGAACAAUUCUUAGUAGAUACUGUGAAGAUUUUUGGUCAUAUUUACAACGCUCCAGUAAUUGUUUUUAGCAGUUUGGGUGCUAACCCUUGGAUAAAUAACGCAGUUGGAAAUCCAUCGCCAUUAUCUUAUAUCUCCCCAGCAAACAGCGAUUUUUCAGAGCAAAUGUCCUUUUUUGAAAGACUUGGCAACGUUUUUAUGUAUUUAUUCUUCAACGUAAUAGAUUACUUCUUUUAUUUUCCGAAUCAAAACAAAAUUUUGAAAAAAUAUUUUUCCGAUCCUCCAGAUAUUUAUGACCUUUUUUACAAUGUAUCGUUAGUUUUAAUAAACUCCCAUGAAAGUUUGAAUCAACCUGUUCCUUUCGUGCCUAAAAUGGUUCAGAUUGGUGGUUUUCACAUCAGACCUCCUAAAACGCUACCAGGAGAUUUACAAAAAUUUUUGGACGAUGCCAAGGAAGGGGUGAUAUAUUUCAGUCUAGGAUCAAACCUGAGAAGCAAGAACCUUCCUCCACAAAAGAGGGAUGCUUUUUUAACAGCCUUUAGUAAACUCAAGCAGAGGGUGCUGUGGAAGUGGGAGGAUGAGGAUUUACCCGGAAAACCUCCAAAUGUAAAAAUAGCCAAAUGGUUCCCUCAGCAGGAUAUAUUAGCACACCCAAAUGUGAAGUUGUUCAUUACUCAUUGCGGACUAUUGAGCACAACUGAAACUGUUUUCCAUGGUGUACCCAUAUUGGCAAUACCAGUUUUCGCAGACCAACAUCGUAACGCAGAAAUUGCCACUCACAGUGGAUAUGCUUUAUCAUUGCCUUACGAGGACCCUUCCUUCUCAGAGGUAAAGCUGUCAGGAAUGUUGCAAGAAUUGCUUACUAAUCCACAGUACACAGAUAAUAUUAAAAAAAGGUCCCAGUUAUUUCACGACAGACCACUGAAGCCCAUGGAUAGCGCUGUAUACUGGGUGGAAUAUGUUAUUAGAACUAAAGGAGCUCACCAUCUCGGCGUGGCUGCUGUUAAAAUUCCAUGGUAUAUAUACCAUUCCUUGGACGUGAUUAGUUUUAUAACCAUAAUAUUCUCGUUAAGCAUAUAUGUAUUAUUCAUUAGUAUUAGAAAGAUUGUUAUUUGUUGCAAAUCUCAAAAGCCAAAAGAAAAGAUAAAAUUAAAUUAGAUUAAUUGUUC